UUAGUCAUGCAGACUACAAAUUUCUCCCAAUUCAACAUUCCAUCGAUACUCCGUCGCAAAACCACCUCAUCACGGAGGUUAUCUCCGGUCCUCGCGGUGGCUUCACCCACAAUAACUUCUCCAUCACGCCACCAGAUCACUUACUCAAUGCCACCAGAGAAAUUGGAAAUCUUCAAGUCAUUAGAACCUUGGGUUUCCGAAAACGUCCUCCCAUUCCUCAAGCCCGUAGAGAAAUGUUGGCAGCCCAUUGAGUUUCUCCCUGACCCAUCUCAAGGGCCCGAACAAUUCGAGGAAGAGGUUCGGGCCCUAAGGCAGAGAGCUUCAGGGCUUUCGGAUGAGUACUUUGUUAUGCUUGUGGGUAAUAUGUUAAUUGAGGAUGCUUUGCCUACUUAUCAAACCAUGAUUAAUACGUUAGAUGGAGUACGCGAUGAGACUGGAUCAAGCCCGUGUCCAUGGGCAAUAUGGACACGGGCAUGGACAGCUGAGGAGAAUCGACAUGGCGAUUUGCUAAGGACUUAUCUUUAUCCUUCAGGGAGAGUGGACAUGUGUAACGACCUGAAAGAUGGAGAGAAAAAAGAAACGGAUAAGGAAACAGCUAUACAGGAUAUAUAUUACUAA